AAAGGGCAGCAGUCAUUAGAGCCAGAUAGGGACACUGAGAUGAGGGCUAGUGACCACAACCUGUUAUGACCAUGACAUCUGUCUCAGUGCUGACUGGUCAUGAGCUGGUCGGCUGACUGACAGACCGAAGCCGUUCGCACUCACUGACCUCAUGAGGUGCUCAUGGCGCGCCCUCAUAACCUCCUAUACCUGGAGUUUUCAAAGCGCUCAGAUGUAUAAAAGCGAUAUCAGAAUGUUUUAUACUGUCCUGUGUUCAGGAAUUUAAAGCACUCUUUCGUAUAAAAAGCGCUUAAGCAGGUACAAACUGAUGCUCCAAUGGCCCAUAUUAGCAGCUUCUUUCUGGACUCGAUCAGGUGCGCCCUCUAGCGUUUCACAAACCAGGAACACCUUACUGAGUGGCAGUUCUCCUCACUACACAGGCUCUGAUCUCACAAUAGCCAAUAACAGCGCAGGAGAGGGGCUCACAAUAGCCAAUAACAGCGCAGGAGAGGGGCUCGCAAUAGCCAAUCACGGCGCAGGAGAGGGGCUCACAAUAGCCAAUCACAGCGCAGGAGAGGGGCUCACAAUAGCCAAUCACGGCGCAGGAGAGGGGCUCACAAUAGCCAAUUACAGCGCAGGAGAGGGGCUCACAAUAGCCAAUUACAGCGCAGGAGAGGGGCUCACAAUAGCCAAUUACAGCGCAGGAGAGGGGCUCAGAAUAGCCAAUCACGGCGCAAGACAGACGUUCCGACUAUCCAAUCACGGCGCAGGAGAGGCGCUCCUACUAGCCAAUCACAGCGGCGUUUUCCCGAAAUCAGGUGUGAAACGAAACACCUCUUUCCUGCAUUGACUGAAGUUCCGCUCGACUCCGGCGCCGUAAUGGCUGCAGUGUUUACGUGUUGUCUGGGCUGUUGCGGCGAUGGAGCUUCGGGCCAGAUACCCCUCAAAGAGAUGCCCGCUGUCCAGCUCGACACGCACCGCAUGGGGACGGAUGUGGUCAUAGUGAAAAGUGGGAGGCGGAUAUGUGGGACUGGAGCCUGUCUCGCCAACGCCCCUCUACACCAGAACAAGAGCUACUUUGAGUUCAAAGUCCAGUCAACGGGUGUGUGGGGAGUAGGAGUGGCCACUCAGAAGGUGAAUCUCCACCAGGUUCCUUUGGGUCGAGACAGUCACAGUUUGGUCCUCAGACACGACGGCUCAGUCUACCACAACAACGAAGAGAAGAACCGCCUACCAGCCAACAGUCUGCCUCAGGAGGGAGAUGUUGUGGGUUUAACCUACGACCAUGUGGAACUGAACCUGUAUCUGAAUGGGAAGAACAUGCAGUGUCCAGCUUCAGGCAUCCGAGGCACUGUGUUCCCUGUAGUUUACGUGGACGACAGCGCUAUCUUAGACUGCCAGUUCAGUGACUUCUACCACACGCCUCCUCAAGGCUUCGAGAAGAUCCUGUUUGAACAGCAGAUCUUUUGAAGACCCGCUGCAGACAGAGUCACACAGAAGCCGUCCAGUGUGCUUGAGUGGAGCGAUGAUGUUGGAACGGAUGUUAAUGCUCCUCUGACUUUUCGCCAUUUUGCAUCUGCCUUCUCUGUUGCUGCUGCCGCCAUCGUCCACGGGAGACAAGCCUGUGUGUGUGUGUGUGUAAAUUAUCGUAACACUACAACGGUGAAAACGGUGAAAACACUAUCAGAUGUCUGUUACACGAGAGCGCCAAAUGAACAUUAUUUAAUUUUUAUUUAAAGCAGCGUUUAUCAUGAUUUUGUACCAUAAUCUGUUAUUUCAUGUUUCUUUGAUUUCAGAUGCCAGUGUCUUUCAUUUCAUUUUAUUGUAUUUGAUUUUAUUUGUUUACAGACUUUUCAGACACCACAGUAAGAGAACAGAAACUGACAUAUCCUGUGAUAAAGCUGGUUUUAGAAAAUCAUGAGUGUUAAAAUGGCUUGUUUUUGUUUCUACUAUUUACAUGUAAUCACUGAAAAUUGAACCAAAUUUACUUCCAUCUCGUCACAAAUGUGAAUAAAAGUGAUCUCUAAAUA